AUGAGCCAGAUUGCACCAAAGUGGUACCCAUCCCCAGACUCUGCUGUCCCAAAACAGGCUAGAAAGACUGCUCGCCCUCACAAGUUGCGUGCCUCGAUUGUUCCAGGUACCGUCUUGAUCUUGUUGGCUGGUAGAUUCAGAGGCAAGAGAGUUGUCUACUUGAAGCACUUGGAGGACAACACCUUGUUGGUCACUGGCCCAUUCAAGGUCAACGGUGUUCCAUUGAGAAGAGUCAACGCUCGUUACGUGAUCGCCACAUCCACCAAGGUUAACAUCGAGUCCGUCGACGUGUCCAAGUACAACGUUGCUUACUUCGCCAGAGAGAAGACUCCUAAGUCCAAGAAGUCCGAGGCUGACUUCUUCAACGAAGAGCAACCAAAGAAAGAGAUCAAGGCCGAGAGAGUCGCUGACCAAAAGUCUGUUGACGCUGCCUUGGUUGCUGAAAUCAAGAAGACCCCAUUGUUGAAACAAUACUUGUCUGCCUCUUUCUCCUUGAAGAGCGGUGACAAGCCACACUUGUUGAAGUUCUAA